AUGGAGAAGUACACAGAGUUUAGCGACUCGGUCACAGGAAUAAACCCGUACAUACGAAUUAUAAAGUACCAGUUCACUAUUUUCAACAUGAUUGUAAAACUGACUGUGUUUAAAAUGCUUGUGUCCCUGCCUGUGUUCCUGUAUAAAUAUGCCGCAGGAUCGUUUGCUUCUGUGAAAUACGAGAACAGAGAAACAGAAAAGAAAAUAAAAAGCAGAAAAAUCUUCCUAUCAACGUACUCCUCAAUAUUUGACGUGUCUCUAUUGCACAAAAUACUAAAGUCGCCAAGCGUCUAUCUUCUAAGGAAUGGAAAGAUCUUUGCAGUCAGCAGACACAACAUGAUAAAGCCAGCAGAUAAGUCGGAGAUAGACAAAAAAGUAGAAACGGGAAGAGUGGUGGUCUUUAUGAUGGCAGGAGGAAUAACAAACGGCACAAUAUACACCAAUCCAUCAGAAGUUCUUGAGGCCGUAGAUGUGCAGCAGGUUCUAUCUUUGAAGUACUCACCAGACGCAACGUAUGAUAUAAACCUCUUUGACAUCUGCAUACUCCCGCAGUUCAGCAGCCAAGUAGUUGCAUUUCUCUACCAUCUUUUCUACUAUCUUACCAUCCCCAGGGUGCCUGUGUGCACAGUCUCAGCAGCUGACACCCUUGAAGAUCUCUCGGAGAAAACAAGGGUAGAAAUAUCUAGAAGCAUUGACUCCAAAACAACCGAAAAGUUUUUGAAAAAGUUCAGCUUUGCAAAAUAA